GAGGAGCGUGCUGGAUCUCUCUUUACAGUGGAGAUUUGCCAGACUGCCCAACAAUGCCAAGCUGGAGAUGGUGCCAGUCUCUAACAGAGUGGGAAUUGGAAACACGGUUCGGAUCGCAUUACAAUUAGAUGAUGGCUCCCGUUUACAAGACACCUUUCUCUGUCACCAGACUUUGUGGGAACUUCUCAGCCAUUUUGCAAAGAUCAGGGAGUUUAUGGAACAGCACGGUGAAUUCUCUCCAAUCUGUAUUUACAUGCGAGAUGAGAUAGCAGGAAAAGAUGCCUUAAAGAAGACAACACUGAAGUCACUUGGCCUGACUGGAGGCAGUGCCAUCAUCAGAGUUGUCAUGAAGAAAUGCAGUUCAUCUGGUGAGGAGGAAGCUGUGGGUGCCACGGUGCCGUGUAAUGAGCCGACAGUGAAGCCAGGCUCUACUGAAGGAGAAGUGGAUGUGCCCCUACCUCAAGCAAACACAUUCCCAAAGGACUUGGACCACAGGGAUGUGGCCAUGUCUUUAAACAGCUGCACAGACAAGCAAGACUCGAUUAGAGAAUCUCAUGCCAGCUUGGAGGAGAGGUGGCCUUCCUCAGAGCCUGAGUCUACCCCAUUUGUCCCUUUUUUUGGAGAUGGACAGCGUCUGGGGGACUCUUCUGUAGCUGCAUCAUCUCUUGGGUUAGAUAUGCCGUCUUCAAAGCUGCCAACAACUUUUUCCAGCCCUGGAGGCCCUUCUAAGCCAAAGAAGUCUAAGAACAGCCAAGAACUGCAAAAGGACCAAGAACAGCUUGUAGAACGAGAGCCACUUGUAUGUCACCUAGACCUACUAGAACCACUUCCUGCUGGCCCAGAAGAGCUUCCUGAUGAGUUUUUUGAAGUCACAGUGGAUGAUGUACGGAAACGUUUGGCACAGCUGCAGAGCGAGAGGAAACGCCUGGAAGAAGCUCCACUGAUGACAAAAUCUUUGAGGGAGGCUCAGCUGAAGGAAAAGUUAGAGCGUUACCCAAAGGUGGUGUUGAGAGUCCGUUUUCCAGACCGUCAUGUUCUACAGGGCUUCUUCCAUCCUAGUGAAACUGUUGGCAUUUUGAGAGAAUUUGUAAGAAGCCACCUUGCAGAUGCAGACCUGCCAUUUUACCUGUUUAUUGCACCUCCCAGAAUCAUCUUGAACGACGAAAGUUUGACACUCUUUGAGGCUAAACUCUUUCCAACUGCUGUCAUUCAUUUUGGAUCUGAGGAGAGCAGGGAUUGUUACCUGAAGUCAGACCUGCUGAGCUCUGCAGUUUCCCCUUCCGCAGCUGAUUUAUUCGUAGCCAGAUGUUUGUCCAAAUCAUUAGUUCCUUCUGCUUCAUCAUCUUUAGAAUCAAUAGUUCCAUCCCUGUCUGAACCAGAAGUGGGAGGUGACAAAAAGACCGAUGAGCAGCCAGAACCAGCCAGUGUGCAUGAAGCUCCGCAGGUGUUGAGAAGGGCCCCUGGGAAAAUACCCAAAUGGCUGAAGCUGCCAGGCCACGUGUGCUUCAUGAGGCCUCUAGAAAUCGAGAAGCUGCAAGGGGAAAGCAGCGAGACAGUCAGCACAUCCGCCGGCUCCCUCAGCAUCUCCCACGAGGAAGAGGAGUAA